AUGUCUAUGAAACUGAAAGAGUAAGUUCCAUUUUCUAAAUUUCAUUCAUUAGAUUUUUUUCAGUCUUCUUCCGGCUCCGGUAGCAGGAGAUGCUGCAGCUUCUCAGAUUCGUCGUGAUCCGUGGUUCGGAGGGCGCGGCGAGGAACAAUCGACGGCUCUCGUCUCUAAAGAACCGCCGCCGUAUGGAAAACGGGCCAGCUUCAGGCCUAGAGGACCCGAGGUGCGAUAGAACAAGAUUCGAUUGUUUAACCCGUGUUCAUUUCAUUUCAGGACUAUGGAGACGGAGGAGCGUUUCCAGAAAUUCACGUGGCCCAGUUCCCUCUGGGUCUUGGAAUCGGAGAUAUGAAGGGAAAGCCGGAGAACACUUUGGCACUGCAAUACGGAACCGACGGAAAGCUGCAGCACGAUGCGAUCGCGAGAAUCGGACACGCAAAGGACAAGAUUGUGUACUCAAAGUUGAAUGACAUGAAAGCGAAACGUGGAACGAGGACGACGAUGACAUUCAGAAGCCCGACGACGACGCAGUCAUCGACGCGACCGAAAAGACGCGGCUGGCGCUUGAGAAGAUUGUGAACUCAAAAGUGGCAUCUGCUCUUCCGGUACGGCACGCCGAGAAGCUGGCCCCCGCGCAGUACAUCCGGUACACACCGAGUCAACAGAACGGUGCCGCCGGAUCGCAGCAGAGAAUAAUUCGAAUGGUCGAAGAGCAGAAGGAUCCUAUGGAACCGCCAAAAUUCAAGAUUAACCAGAAGAUUCCGCGUGCACCGCCAUCGCCUCCAGCUCCGGUCAUGCACUCGCCUCCCAGAAAAAUGACCGCGAAGGAUCAGAACGACUGGAAAAUUCCUCCGUGCAUUUCCAAUUGGAAAAACCCGAAAGGAUUCACGGUCGGACUCGAUAAGAGAUUGGCGGCUGACGGACGUGGUCUCCAGCAGACUCAUAUCAACGAGAACUUUGCCAAACUCGCUGACGCGCUGUACAUAGCCGACAGAAAGGCCCGAGAAGAAGUGGAGACGCGUGCUCAGCUCGAGCGUCGUGUCGCACAGAAUAAGAAAUCCGAACAAGAAGCGAAGAUGGCCGACGCGGCUGCGAAGGCUCGUCAAGAAAGGACGGCUAUUCGGAAGAAGGAGGAUGAUGAAGAUGACCAAGCGAAAGCACGUGACGAAAUCCGACGAGACCGUCUUGACGACAUUCGCAAGGAACGCAAUAUUGCGCGUGCCCGGCCAGACAAGGCAGACAAGCUGCGGAGAGAGCGCGAGAGAGACAUCUCCGAGAAGAUCGUGCUCGGAUUGCCUGACAGCAACCAGAAGCGCACCGGAGAACCACAAUUCGAUCAGCGAUUGUUCGAUAAAACUAAGGUUCCUCGUAUUUUCCCUGUAAAAUUUACGGUUACUUUUGAUUUCAGGGUCUCGACAGCGGAGCCAUGGACGACGACACCUACAAUCCGUAUGAUCAGGCGUGGCGCGGAGGCGACAAUGUCCAGCAGCAUAUUUACCGUCCGAGUAAGUGUUUCUGGUAUUCGAAGCAUCUCGGCGGAAGGUGACCAGUGGCCUCGUUUUUCGCCGUUAUCACGGAGCACUCCCAACAACAAUAUUCAUUACGACCGACUGCACCCCGUCCCGGUUCAAUCGUCAAAAAUAGCGCAGCGUCUUAGUUAGCGGCCUAUCGUUGAUACCAAUAGUGCUGCAACCGGUGAACGAGUGGGUGACGUCAGACUGACCAGGAGCACGAACUGUUGGAGCCAUUGGGUGUCAAAACAUGACAGAGCACACAUGCACGCGCACACACGCACACACACGCACACACACGCACGCAAACAGGAACAAAUGACGAGAGUUUUUUGCAGGCAAGAAUAUCGACAAGGACGUUUACGGCGACGAUUUGGACAAGAUCAUGAGCCAGAAGAGAUUUGUGGCCGACAAGGGAUUCUCUGGAGCCGAGGGCUCGAGCCGUGGAUCCGGACCCGUGCAGGUUUUUUUUUCUGUCCUUUACGCCUUUUUGGAGUAUUUUGAUGACCGAACACAGUGCGGAAUUUGGAGAAUUCGGGCGCUGGCUCUGUGUUGACGAGCACUGACUGAUAAGCUACGAACUGGACGAUUCGUUGAUUUGUGCGUGUGCUCUUUAUCAAAAUUGGAUCAUUCGCAGGUGUGCUUGCGUCAUUACCGCGAAGACAAAAUGUGUGUUUUGGGAGUGGAAAGAUGCUUGACAUUUUUGAUUAUUGAGCUGCGUCCGGGAAGAUAAUAAUAAUAAUUCCCUUGACAGGAUUAACUCUGUUAUCAUCUCCUUUCUGAGAAGGAAUGCUCCUUUGAAGCGGAGGCUGAUCAUUCUCGAGAAUGGCGUGUAUUUCUUCUCAGCAACCCCUCAACUUGCAGUUUGUAACAGAUUUGUGACCUCCUUCCACGUAACAUUUCGAGCCGAACGAUCAAUCUUAUCACUACGAAGUCUUGCGUCCGCUCAGACUGCUCUUGUCUUUCGAAACCACCACACAUUUUAUCACUACUUACGAAAUAUCACGUCUUAUCGACGAAAAACCCCGCAUGUGAUUUGUUCUGGAAGGUGACGAGGAAACUAGAAAGAACUGGUGCGGCGACCGUCGGAGUGUGCCUAUUUUUAGAUUAAUCUCCUACAUCAGAGACGGUUUUUCUUCGGAAAAGUCAGCUGAAAACAAAAAAUUAGGAAAAAUGAAUCAGAACUCUUCCGACAGCGCGCAUUUCAAGCUUUGGCGCACAGAAAAAGCUUGCAGAACACGCCGUCGUCCGCCGCCCGCGCGUUCCUUUGCUGUUCUGAGACUUAAGAUGCGUUCCGUCGGAUCAAUACUGAUUUCAUUUCACUCGAUUUUUUUUGGGAAUGAGUUAAUUAUGAUGUAAACUAGCAAAGAGACACAAAGAGCACCCACGAGCAGUCAUAUUUCGAGAAAAGCUGUUUUGGCAGUGACCCCUAGACAUUUCUGCGAGUUUCUCGUCGCUGCUUUCCAGUUUCAAUCAUAAUGAACACAUUCCCCAAAAACAUUAGGAAAGAUGAAUCAGUAUUCGUCCGACGGCAGGCAUCUGAAGUUUUGCCGCACGGAAAAAGGGUUGGGGGGUGCGCCGCCGGCCGACGAAAUAAGCAGCCGACAGUUCACGGGACGGGAGCCGAACUUUCUCCUUCUCCUCACUGCACCCUCGCAAAGAAUCAUUGUGAGUCGAGCAUCCGUGUCGGUUUGUAGCAUGGUUCUGGAGCGCAGUUCAAAGGGUAAAACACUCGCUCGACGAUGAUGAUUGGUCGUCUUGCAUCACUGCGCUGAAAAAGAAGAUUUCUGUGAUUGCGAUGGUUGAUAGGUUGCGAAAGUUUUGUCCGGGUUUCCUGCGAACUUAUCAACGAAAUGUCGAUGACAAGAAAGACCUGGUCAGACACUGCGGCGGCCGGGUUGACGUGCCGAUGGAAACUUGCACACUCGUUAAAAUCCUCUCAAAUGGGCAAAGUGCGGUUGGGCACUGUGUUUUUCGUUGAAAUCAUUGCCGGGCCUGCUCGACUGCUGUCUAAAUUUGUGUUUCUCCGCGCGUAUGAUAACCACGUAGUGUUGUGAAAUGGUCACGGAAUGCGACGCUCGGUCGAAUUGCUAACAAUUUCAUAAUGUGAUAACAGCAAAACAUGCCAAAAAUGAUGAAGAGUGCACCAUGGAAUACAGUCACAACGCGCACAGUUUACUUAUGAUGAAUCACUAGAAUACAAAUGCCGUCAUGACUCAUUCACUCUUAAAAUGUCUUUUUUCAGUUCGAGAAGGAUCAAGACGUGUUCGGAUUGUCCUCUCUUUUCCAACAAGCCAAGGAGAAGAAGCGAGGCGGAGAGGGCGAAUCGCGCGACGACUCGAAACGGUCUCGACGCGACUGA